AUGCAGCAGCCGAAGCGCAUUUGCCGCGCCGUCGUCGUCGGCGCCGGGCCGGCCGGCCUCCUCGCUGCAAUCAACCUGCUCCGGCGCAGCAGUGACGAGGUCGAGUACCACGUCACUCUCGUCGAGACGGGUGAGGAUUACGGCGUGCUCGACGCGGCCGGGCUCGAGAAGAAGCGCUCGUGGAUGAUUGGCCUCAGCACGCACGGCCUCACCGCCCUCCGGGCGGUACCGGGCCUGUAUGAGGACUACGUCUCCCAGGUUGGCGUGCCCAUCGAGUCCACCGCAAUCUACCUCGGCAAGACGAUGAUCGAGGCAGGCGCCGAGGACGUCGGCGAGAACUACGUCGUCGACCGCAACUUCAUCGUCGCCGCCCUCGCGCGCUACUUGAACGACAACUUCCGCCGCUCAGGCCGCCUCACGCUUCGCUACCAGAGCAAGGUCCUCUUCGUUGACCCGGACGAGAAGCGGAUCUUUGAGGAGUACCUGCCGUAUGACCUGCUCAUCGGUGCGGACGGCGUCCGCUCCGCUGUCCGCGCGGCGCUCGUCGCAAACGAGCGCGCCUUCGAGUGCUCCGUCGCCGACAUCUUCACCAACUUCAAGUCGCUGCACCUGCACCUGCCGGCCGCGGUGGCGGAGAAGAAGGACGCCGAGGUCGUCGCGGCCUACUUCAAGGCCCACUUCAAGCCCUUCGAGCUCGACUGGGCCGAGGUGGCGAGGGUGUGGGUCGGCCAGCCCUGGUCCCAGACGGGCCAAGUCCACUGCUCCUUCUACCACUCCCUCAAGCUGCAGCUUCUCAUCCUCGGCGACGCGGCGCACGCCACCUCCCCCUCCAUCGGCCAGGGCAUGAACACCGCCCUCGCCGACGCGGCGGCGCUCGACGCGCUGAUGGACGCGGCCGCCGACGACCUGCAGGCGGCUUCCGCCCGCCUGCUCCAAGGACGUGGAGACGCGCGCGUGUGGGGGGGGGGUCUCUCUCCCCCACAUCCCAAGCGCGACACCCGGCGCGUGGCGGUGCUGCCCGCCUUCUCGGAGGAGCGCGUCAAGGAGGGCAACGCGCUGACCGAGGUCGCCUUCCACGCGUAUUCGAUGUCGCCGCACCAGCAGCUCCUCGUCACGCUCUCGCAGCUGCUGCGCGGCGCGCUCUCCAAGCGCGUCCCCUUCGGCCUGGUUGCACCCGACCCCCUCACAGAGGUCGGCAAGGGUGCGAAGCUCUCGCACGCGUACGAUGAGCUGACCCGCAUCGGCCGGCUGCCGGCGGUCCGCGCCGUCAACGAGGCGGCUCGCCGCCGCCACUUUGAGCUGCGCACCGGGAUGGUCAAGCCGCGCCCGUCGGCCCUCCCGGCGCUGCGGAGGGCGGGCUGCGCGUUCGCCGGCUUGCUCGCUGGCGUCGUGGCCUUUGCAGCGACGCAGAUCGUCUCCAAGCCGCUGAUGGACCCGGCCGUCGAGGCGUGCAGCGACCCGGCCAAGUUCGCCGCGAGCAAGCUCCACCCGUACGAGCCGGCGCUUGGCGGCGGCUUCGUCUGCAUCAUCACCCAGUUCCUGCACGCCCUCGCCGCCGAGCCCGCCGGCGUCCUCGCUUGGGGCCUCACCAUCGGCCUCGCGCUCCCCGCCACGGUGCUCUGGAACGCGGAGUCCGGCCGCGGCGGCGCAAAGGGCCUCGUCCGCUACCCGACGGCCCUCGGCCUGCUCGGGCAGCUGCUGGGCAUCUCCGUCGUCUUCCCCGCGCUGUGGCUGCCAGCCGCGGCCUAUGGCAAGGGGAGCGGCGCCGUCCGGCCCGCGCGCGCGUACGCGUCAAUCGCGCUCGCCGCGCCUUUCCUCUCCCUCUCGGUGGCGCUCUUCGCGCUCGAGCCAGCGAGCCGCGCGUGGACCGUCUGUGCCGGCUUGCUCGGCGGGCCGGGCGUCGCCCUCCUGCCCCUCCUCCUCAGCCUCAUCCCCGCGCCGGCGGCGGAGCAGGCCGCCAUGCCCGCGGCCGCCGGUGCGAGGGCGCUCUCGCGGGCCUACGCGGCGGCGGCGGCGCUGGCCUUUGUGGGCUACGCCGCCAACCUCUGCCUCGCCGGCCUCGCGUUUGGCUCUCCCCGCGCCGCGGUGGGGGCGCUGUGGGCCGAGGCGCCGCCCGCCGUCGCCUUCAUGUCGAUCGACGCCGGCGUGCUCUUCCUCGGGCGAGCCGCUCCGCCCCUCUCCUUCGGCCGGCAUGCGCUCCGAGAUGCGGCGGGAGUGAGGCGAGACGGCCCGGGGUGUAGGCUGCUGCUCCACCUCGCGUCGACGUCGCCGGCCGAGGCGCUCGCUGCGCUCCUCGCGAGCCCGCUGGUCGGGCCGGGGGCGGCGUGCGCGCUAAUGCUCUCCCGGCGCGAGGCGCGGCUGGGCGAGGCGGCGGCUGGCGAGGCGGCCGGCGCCGGCGAGACCAAGAAGCUGGCGUGA